UAUAUGAAGGGUGUGAGGAGUGCGCCUGUCACUUGUUUGUUUACAAGGAGGGUCCUUCCUGGCUCAGCCCCAGCGAGACCAGCCUUUAUCAUCAUACUCUUCCGUCUUCAUCCACCAUCAUCCAUCCACCAUGAAGGUCUUUAAGGACAUUAUCACCGGUGACGAAAUGUUCACAGACACCUAUAAAUUUGAAAGCAUUGAUGAUGCCUUUUAUAUGGUGGUAGGCAAGAACAUAACAUUGUCUGAAGGCAAUAUAGAGUUAGAAGGUGCCAACCCCUCGGCAGAAGAGGCUGAAGAGGGUACAGAAAGUAAUGUCAUUUCUGGUAUUGAUGUUGUACUUUACAUGCGUCUUCAAGAAACAGGAUUUGGCAGCAAGAAGGACUAUCUUGUUUACAUGAAGGAUUACCUCAAGAAAUUAAAGGCAAAGCUGGAGGGCACGUCUGGGGCAGAUAAGCUUAUUGCAAUCCAAAAGCCUCUGAAUGAUGUACUCAAGAAGUUCAAAGAUCUUCAGUUCUUCACAGGGGAGUCAAUGAAUCCUGAGGGUAUGGUUGCAAUUGGGGACUAUAAGGAUAUUGAUGGCGAAGAACGGCCCGUAUUCUAUUUCCCAAAGUAUGGUCUAGAAGAGGAGAAACUAUGAGCCAACUUUUAUAUUAAUAUUAAAUAUUCAAAUCCUAACAACUGGACCAUUGGAACAACAGAGUUCUGCUAUGCCAAAUGUCAAGUCUUUUGACCUUCACUAAUAAAAAUUGCUCGCA